AUAUGGCGGUAUUUUUUAGUGUUAGUGCAUGGUAAGAGUAUCGCGUUCUUUAAUAUUUUCGUGUUAUUAAUUGAAAUUUUGUUGCCAAUGAAUUAUGGAGGCUGGUGCGAGUACCGGUACUCGUACAACGCGAUUUAUGAUGGAGGGUGUCGGAGCUCGAGUCAUCCGUGGACCCGAAUGGAAGUGGGGUAAACAGGACGGAGGAGAAGGUCAUGUAGGAACUGUUAGAAAUUUUGAAUCUCCAGAAGAAGUAGUUGUUGUUUGGGACAAUGGUACAGCAGCUAAUUAUCGAUGUUCUGGUGCAUUUGAUCUUCGAAUUUUGGAUUCAGCUCCAACUGGUGUAAAACAUGAUGGAACAAUGUGUGAUACGUGUAGACAACAACCAAUUUUUGGAAUUCGUUGGAAAUGUGCAGAAUGUGGGAAUUAUGAUCUUUGUUCUAUUUGUUAUCACGGAGACAAGCAUCACUUAAGACAUAGAUUUUAUCGUAUAGCAACACCUGGAAGUGAAAGAGUAUUAUUGGAGCCACGACGUAAAAGCAAAAAGAUUGCAAUUCGUGGUAUAUUUCCUGGUGCCAGAGUUGUAAGAGGUGUUGAUUGGCAGUGGGAAGAUCAAGAUGGUGGAAAUGGUCGAAGAGGUAAAGUUAAUGAAAUUCAAGAUUGGUCUGCAGCUAGUCCACGUUCAGCAGCCUAUGUUAUAUGGGAUAAUGGUGCCAAAAAUUUAUAUCGCGUUGGUUUUGAAGGAAUGGCGGAUUUAAAAGUUGUUAAUGAUGCUAAAGGUCAAACAGUUUACAGAUAUCAUUUACCACUAUUAGGUGAACAGGGUCCAGGUCGCACUGGCGCCCAUGGAUUACAAAUUGGAGAUCAGGUUAAUGUUGAUUUGGAAUUAGAAAUCGUACAAUCGUUACAACACGGGCAUGGUGGUUGGACGGAUGGUAUGUUUGAGUGUCUUGGUACUACAGGGACUGUUGUUGGUAUUGAUGAAGAUCACGAUAUUGUUGUGUCCUACCCAAGUGGUAAUCGAUGGACCUUCAACCCUGCUGUAUUGACAAAAGUACAAAUACCAGUCCCUGUUACUAGUUCAAGUUCUGACAACCAAACAUUUGCGGUCGGUGAUUUGGUACAAAUAUGUAACGAUAUAGAAAAAAUAAAACGACUUCAACGAGGUCAUGGUGAAUGGGCUGAAGCAAUGGCACCGACUAUGGGAAAGAUUGGUAGAGUUUUGCAAAUUUAUCACGAUGGGGAUUUAAAAGUAGAAGUUUGUAGUACAUCUUGGACAUAUAAUCCUCAAGCAGUUACCAAAGUUGCAAGUAGUGAUGGUAGUGUACCAGGAAAUAGCAGCGGUGAACGUCUAUCAGCGUUGUUAAAAAAAUUGUUUGAAACACAUGUUUCGAGCGAUGUUAAUGAAGAGUUAGUAAAAACCGCUGCGAAUGGUGAUGCAGUUAAAUGCGAAGAAUGUUUAAAGAGACCUGAAGCUGAUGUGAAUGGCGUAUUUUCGGGUCAUACUGCUUUACAAGCGGCAAGUCAAAAUGGUCACCUAGAAGUCAUUAAAAUUCUCCUCCGUUAUAAAGCAGAUGUUGAAAUUGAGGAUAAAGAUGGAGAUAGAGCUGUACAUCACGCAGCAUUCGGAGAUGAACCAGGCGUAAUGGCAUUAUUAGCUGGUGCUGGAGCUGAUUUGAAUGCUAGAAAUAAAAGACGCCAAACUGCCCUCCAUAUCGCGGUUAAUAAAGGACAUGCCGGUGUAGUGCGCACGUUAUUGGAGUUGGGAUGUCAUCCAAGUUUGCAGGACUCCGAAGGUGACACUCCCCUUCACGAUGCGAUCUCUAAGAAACGGGAUGACAUGUUGGCUCUGUUGUUGGACCAUGCCGCAGACAUCACCCUCACGAACAACAAUGGUUUCAACGCUCUGCACCACGCUGCUCUUCGUGGAAACCCAAGGUCACCACUUCAACAAUCGCAACAUUUGCAGUUUUAUACUUCAUUGAAUCGACGAUCACAUCGUAUCUCAAUCAGCGACUAUACAUAACAUGUUCCUACAAUAUCCAUUGUUUUGAAGCACUCCAUGCCCAGAAUUACAUACGUUUACGCUAAAUCCUGUUGACUUAUCAAGAGAAAUCAGUCACCGUGGCAUCAGCUUCGAGCAGACGUUAGUCACCCGCUUCUUAAUUACUGGCUGAAACGGAACCGCGAAAUUAUAGCGAGUAAAAGGUGAUGUCGGAACAACCGGCAGAUGACUAUAAGGGAUAGGGAAGGUUGGUGUUCAGGACGAAACGAGGCCCGACGGGUAGGAAACACUGUCUUGGCUUGGCUGUUUCCUGGCUUUCCGUGUUAUGCACCAACAGUUCAAGCUGCGUUUAAUCAACUGAGCAUCGCACCCCAAUUGUGCGGCUGCCGGUUUCUGGUUUCGCCUGCACCGGUGUGACGUCUCCUAAACCAGCGGAUCCAUGCAUCCAAGAUGGAUUAAACUUUUGAGAUAUAUGCCACUUGUUCCAGGGGCGAUAUACGACCCCGCCUUGGGAGGCAGAGAAUUAAUUAUGUUAGUUCCUCGCGCGAUUUGGCUUGCUCGCUGGAAAUGGCUCGCAUUAGCGCGACGAUGUAUUUGAUCGUUGAUAGGGAUCACGUGUCGGUUUAGGAUGAAGCUCUUAUUACUGGGAAAAUACUUGGAAGAAUAAAUAAUAUCACCCGUUAUAUCCGUACUGUUAUCCGGCUAUUUGUAAUGUAAAACGUUACAUCGAUUCGUUUUAAUGAGAAUAAUGUUCAAUAAGAACAUGAAAGGAUUCUUAUUCUCACGUUAUAGCGAUAGCGAUUUCGAUGUAAAGAAACACGGGGACAGAGAAAUAGCAUGUUUUACGGCACUUCCACUUACAUUUUCCGAGACAUUAGUUUAACAUUUUUCCUGAGUAGAAAGUGUAAUUCUAAAAUUUAUUUAGUAAAUACAUCUCUUUUCAUACACUUUUAUUAGAUACAUUAGCUUAUUUCAUUCUUCUAAUUAUUAGCUUCUAUUUUAGAACCAAUCUGCUGAAUCUUAGAUAUUUACAAACGAGUUUUCUUACUUUUCUAAAUCUAUUCCUUUGUCAUUUUUCACGAUGAAAAGAGACUGUCAGACAUAUCUUCGAGUAGUUGUACAAUAUUGCCAGUGAUAAAUUCACACGGGUGGUUUUCUGUCUCGAGAUUUCUACAACAUGGAACAGUUUGGUCUGGGUAUCGAAAUUCCAAGUGCAGUAUGUGAGAAAACCUUUCUCGCGAACGAAGAAUACUUUCUCAGUAAAUCAAAUCCAAUGUCAUCUGUAAACACCAACAGAGAAAGAGAGAGAGAGAGAGAGAGAGAGAGAGACCAAAAAAGAAAUUGGUCAAUAGCUACGUUCAAGCGAACACGCCUAAAUUCAAUUUUAAAGAUGGAGAGCCGUGUGGAGUUUCUCAAACUGGGUUCCUUUCAGAUUUAAAGUCAUUCGGUAGACAUGUUAUUGAAAGCAGUAAAGCUCCAGCGAAUGUGGGUCACUGUAUAAUGAAUCUUAUUCGAAUGAAAUCGGAAUUUUAUCACAAUAUAUCACCGUGCUACGCAAAUCUUUCGUAACUUUAUCGAUCGCGUUUCAAAGACUAUUUCCUAAAACGUCCUCGUUCGUCAUUCGCUAGAGUAUAUUAGAGUUUCUGAAGUUAUUCUUCGUAUCGAUAACAUGGAGAGAAAAAUUCGAAAGCACGAUAAAGUCUCGAAAGAUGAGAUCAUAAAUAAGAAACGUAUUUAAUACGAUUAUUACAUACUUAUAUGUAAGUAUAACGCGAGGAAGACGUAACAGACUACUUGGACUAGCGACUAACUCGGUUUUAACAAUAGAACUUUUUUUCGAGGAGGACAUAAUCUAACGUCAGCGAUGUUUUAUUGAGGAAACUUCUAUUACAGCAGAUAUGAAGAGAAAUUCGUCUCUUCCCUUAGUAGAUCCGUAUAUUUUCUUAUUUAUUUUUCGGUAGAGGCGCUAUUUGUAAAAUUGAAAUUCAAUUCUUGUUUAGUCAUAGGAAUAUUUAGAAGUAAAUAUAGCGUUUUUUGACUAUUUCGAAUAUGCGAUUCUUCGAAUAUUCGACAAGAAAGUAAACCAAUUAAGACGAUUAUACUUAGCACGAAUUAAGAAAAGCCAUUGAUAUAUAUAUAUCAUCAAAGUCGACUAUUAAACUCUUUCCAAAAUAAUUUGUUCACCAUCGAUUAAAACGAAGGAAAAUGCCUUUCUGAUAAUUCACCGCCGCAGUGAAUGAAAUUCUGCCCAUUUCCCCCCUUUCUUUUCGUUUUUGUAGCUCGUUAUAUCUGUCCCAUAUUUUGUCCCGCUCAACCAAUGUCCGUAUCCGUUCGUUGCUUGACCUCUGAAUGUCCAAUACGGAAUUACGAGCUUCCGCUCCCUUCCCUUGCGUCUCAAUCGCUAUCAGUUACUAUUUACACGACCGUUUCGCCCUAUGGUUUCGUCAACCAUCCCUCGAAUUUGCCACAUUUCUGUCCCUUUUCCUCAAUUCUUCGUUCUUAUUUUUCCUCUCUAUUUUUGUCCGUUUCCUCAUUUUGCUUCGAUCUCGCAAUAUUUUUUUCGGUUGCUUUCCGCGGUUUCGUCGUAUCGUGAAAGUCGAGACGGUUGGCGAUAACGGAAAUUUCUUUUGGGCGAAGACGACAGGCUUGCGGCGUAUUCGGGCGACUGCCUUAAAUUGCUGUGGAAUUAUGUGGGGCAGCCCGGCCGCGAAAACGAUUAUUGUAGCGAGGGAAGAAGGGUUGUCCGUUCUAACGAGAGAAAUGCUUCGUUUGUUUCGCCAUGGCUCAAACGAAUAGACGAAGCGUGUUUCUUCGAGCAAAGGAUUACGCGAUUAUUCUUUCCGACGGUGAUCAACGGCUGGGGCUUACGCGGAAAUUUGGGUUGAAAGGGAUCGAACUCCGAUCUUGAAUGGCGCUGUCAGUAUUUUCAACGUAUACCAUCGUUCGAAAGUACCCAGAUUAUUUGCUUAUCGUUGAGUAAGCUUUAUGGGUGCAUCGAAUGGCAGUGAUUUUAUUCUUUAUAAUCGUUAGAUUGGAUUUUUAUUUAUCUAUUUUAUUUAUGUAUCUAUGUGAAAUUUAAAUGCGCAGAAAUAUGUAGAGCGUAUGUAACAUGAAAAGAUACAUAAAAUAUAUAAUAUGAACUUUUCGCUGUAAUAUUUAGAGGAUGACGAGGCAAAUCUUUAGUCUCCAUUUGCUAGGUAUGUUUAUAAAAAUUCGUAAUCCAGUUAUGACAGACAGAAUUCUAGAGAUAGAAUCGUAAAAUAUGACCGGAUCUUAUGGGAAAUAAUGUUGUAACGUUGUUGUAACGUGUAAUAAUUGUGUCGUUACAAUUUCUACAAUUUAACUGUUCCGGGGGCACGUUUGAUCGUGUAUAGUUUAGAGCUUUGCAUUUGAUUACGUUUAUUAUCAUAUUUAACAAACUCACUGCUAUUCGAGUGCUUAUCUGUCUCGAGUUUAACAAAACUUUUCAAAUCGUUAACAUCGGCGAAUAGAAAACAAGUUUGACCACUAAUGGAGAAUGAAUGGAUUCAACGACCUACAUUUUAUAGUUUCUAGAGUUUUGAAUUCGCUUUGUACUUUUAACUUUCAGAAUAUAGUAAAACAUUGCAUCCGAUAUCACUUCAAAUACAUAUAGAAUGUGUUUCUAAGUUUACAAGUAUAGUUUACAAGUAUAGCUUUUAAUAUAUAUGAAGUGCUGUAGUCGUUGUGUGAAAUAAAUUAAUAUCAAACGGAUCGUUCGGUAACAAUAUAGAGAUAUCAUUUGCAAUUAUUGUCGUAGAUUACUUUUAUUAAAUCGUGAUUUGUUACAUAUGCCAGUUUUUAUCUUACUUUAACGAUUAUUCGUUUAACUACGCCUUUAAAUUGUGCUAAUAAAUGCGAAUGAAUCACGUGAAUCGUAUUAUUCCUUCCAAACAGUACCUUCACAUUCACUUUUAUGUUUAAUUAGUUU